AUGUCGAAAACAACAAGAAAAUCGACAUCGGUAACUACAUCGUCUUCUUCAAGCGGAAUGGCUUAUUCUACCCCUUUGGGAGGAAGCUCUUUAGGGCAAGCUCAACGGCCACGAAGCCCGCUCAGCCCAACCCGGCUUAGUCGGCUUCAGGAAAAAGUUGAAUUACAAAAUUUAAAUGAUCGGUUGGCAUGUUAUAUGGAUAAAGUUCGUGCACUGGAAGCAGAAAAUAACAGAUUAUCUCGCCAAGUUAGAGUCUCUCAGGAAACAGUUUCCCGAGAAGUUACUUCUUUCAAAUCUAUGUAUGAUCAAGAGCUUGCUGAUGCCAGAAGACUUUUGGAUGAUAUUGCUAAAGAAAGAGCACAAGCAGAAAUUGAAAAUAAACGUUUAAUGGAAGAAAAUGAUGACUUAAGAUCAAGUUUGGAUAAAAAAAUAAAAGAUUGUCGAAGUUUGGAAACAAGUCUAACCAUAUCAGAACACCGUGCCACUGAUUUACAAACAAAAUACAAUCAAGCAAUGGCUGAGAAAAAGAAAUUGGAAGACGAACUCAAAGAAGCUCUCAAAGAGUGCGAUAAAUUGAGAAAAGCCAACGAAAUGACAAAGAAAUAUAUCGAAAAUGAAACUUUGACACGCGUAGAGCUGGAAAAUAAACUUCAAAGUUUGACCGAAGAAUUAAAUUUUAAAACUUCCAUGUAUCAAAAGGAAAUAGCCGAGCUAAGAACGAAGAGAAGCGAAGAGAUCAGCGAAUUAGAUGGACGACUCACCAUCGAGUACGAAGAUAAAUUACAAGCAGCUCUUCAAGAACUCAGAGAGCAACACGAACAACAGCAAUUAGCUAACAGAGAAGAAAUAAUGGCCUUAUACGAAAGUAAAAUUAAAAAUCUUCAAGAUCACUUUAUGGCUACAGCUGCCCAAUCAAACACUGAAGAAUUAAGAUCCAUGCAAGCGAAAUACCAUUCGUUGAACAGACAAGUAGGCGAACUGGAAUCAGCCAAUGCAGCAUUGAAUAUUAGAAUAAAAGAAUUGGAAAAACUGUUGGAUGCGGAAAGAACUCGAGGUUUGGAACAAUUAGCCUUGAUGGAACAAGAAUUGAUGAAAGCCAGGCAAGAAAUGGCGGAUCAAUUGAAAGACUAUCACGAGCUUAUGGAUAUCAAAGUUGCCUUGGAUUCGGAAAUAUCUGCGUAUCGUAAACUACUUGAAUUUGAAGAAAGCAGAUUAAACAUGAGUCAAGGAAGUGGUGGCGGUGGUGGUGGCGGCGGUAGCGGAAGUGCGAGCGGCAUGUCCGGUAUGGGAGGUUUAAAUACCACGUCCUCUUCGUCGUCGUCAAUUCAACUCACGCGUCGCGGCACUCCCAUUCGUCGUAUCCCCAUUGGGAAAGGCCCAACUAAAAGACGCCGCGUGUUCGUCGACGAAUCCCAAGAAGCCGACAGCUUUCAAGUAUCCGGGGAGGCUAAAGGAGAUAUAGAAAUAAGCGAUGUGGAUCACCGCGAGGGAAAAUUCAUACAAUUGCACAACAAAAGCGACAAAGAACUCUCGUUGAGCGGAUGGUCCAUUAAACACUCAGCGGGAACCGAAGAUUCCGAGACGACGUUUAAAUUUCACAGAUCGGUCAAAAUCGACGGAAAAGGAAACGUGACGGUUUGGUCGAUGGAUUCCGGUCGUGCUCACAACCCUCCAGAACACAUUGUCAUGAAACAAAAAUGGUUUAUGGGUGAUUCCGUAAUAACCAUUCUUGUAAACAACGAAGGAGAAGAAGUUGCAUCGAGGUCAAGACAAAGGAUUCAGUAUUCUAGUUCUGCAUACAGAAGAGAAAGAGAAGGAAGCGAAGAAACACAGGAUGGGGAUCCCAAACGAGAUUCUUGCCGAACAAUGUAA